AUGUCUAGUAAAAGUGGAUUUGAUAGUUUUCCAAACGAAUUAUAUUUAUGUAUAUUUGAUUACUUAAAUCCAGUUGAUAUUAUUUAUUCAUUUUCAAAUCUAAAUAAACGAAUAAAUAUUCUUUUAAAAAAUUAUCCUCGUUUUACAUGCAAACAUGUUGAUUUAACCAAAUUACAUCCAAAUGUAUUUAAAUAUUAUUGUUUAGAAAAAGGGAUAAAUAAUGAUAUUUAUUCAAUAAAAUUAAAUGAUUAUCAAUUUAAAUAUUUAUCAUUUUCAUCAAAUAAUAAACUUAUUAAAUUAAAUCUUUUACUUGAAAAUGAUUACUAUAUUCAUUCAAACGAACAAUUUAUAUUUGAAUAUUUACAAAUAUUAACAGUUCAAAAUCAUGCAUUAACAUGGCAAAAACCAUUUAUUAUUUGUCAAUAUUUGAAACAAGUUCAAAUCCAUCUUAAAAGUCAUUGGGAUCUUGUUGAAUUAUUAAAUGGUUUACCAAUUGUUGAAAAAGUCGAUGCAACUAUUGAUUAUGAUGUGACAAGUUGUCGAGAAAAUGGUUUAUUAAAGAAAAAUUCUUAUUCAAAUAAUUUAAUUGAUUUUUCAUAUAUGAUUGAUUCAAAAAAUGGUCUUGUUUAUUUUGUAACUGAUUAUUCAAUAAUUGAAUCAUUAAUCCAACAAUUUUCAAAUUUAUUAAAACUUCGUCUUUAUAUAAUUGGAUGUAUAAAUACAAAAAUCGAUGGAUAUCGUUUAGAAAAUAAUUUAUUUAAAUAUUUACCUAAAUUAGAUAAAUUUGAUUUAUUUAUUCAAUCUUAUGGUGGAUAUGAAAUAAAAUCAAUGGAGAAAUUUCGUUCAUUUAAAUGGAAUUUUGGAUCUUAUACAAAUCAGUUAACUGAUAUGCAUUUUUUAUUUACAUUACCAUUUAAAUUUCAACGUCUUGAUCAAUGUAUCAAUGAAUAUUUUAUUUAUGGAAUUAAAACAACUUUUCAAAUCGAAUCAAUUAUCGAGAAAUCGAAUAAUAUAUGUGAAAAUGAAAAAGAAUUUGGUAUGAUUUAUGUAAAACAUGUUGAUUUAUCAUGUUCAAUAACAGAAAAUUUGUUAAAUUUUAUGCGAAAAUCAUUUCCUUCAUUAGAAUCAAUUCGUUUUUCAUCAUCAACAGCUGAAUAUUUAUUUUCAAAAUCGUUAUUUUGUCAAUCUCGUUAUUUAAUUAAUUCAAUUCGAACAGUUAUAUUUGAUAAUAGUUGUCAAAAUCAAACAGGAUUUAUUCGUCUUUUACCAAAUUUAAAUAAAUUAAUUAUAAAUCAAAGAUUAUUAAAUCGUUUAUUAGAAGAAACAAAUAAUGAUUAUAUAUAUAAACUAUCAGAAUUACAUGUUUAUACAUUUCAACGAAAUUAUCUUCAUAAUAUAAUAGAUGCUUUUCCAAAUAUUUAUCAUUUAGUAUUAAAAACUGUUUUAACAAAUGAUGAAGGACCAAUUCGAUCAUAUAUAGAUAAUCGUUGUCAUCAUAAACAUCGUCCUGUUUCUGUUUGUGAUGUUUUAGAUGAAUUAUUAAAAAGUAAAUUAGUUCGAUUAAAAAAAAUUGAAAUUGGUUGUUAUUUUGAACGAGAUGAAGUAAAUAUUGAAGGGAUUUUAUCAAGAUUAAUCAGUAAAUACAUACCCCGGUAUAAUCAAUAUCAUAUUAAUGCAGAAGAUUUUAAAUCAACUCGGUGUGGAUCAAUACAAAUUUUAUUUUUUUAA